AUGGACUACAAGUUCUCAAACUUGUUGGGGGCUCCCUACCGGGGCGGGACGUUGCUCAUCCAUGGCUCGGAGCUCCUCAGCCCCGUCGGCAACCGGGUGUCACAGAUCGAUCUGACCCAGUCCACGUCCAGCACGCUGCCGUUUGAAAACGGGCACCAGGUGCGGACGCUGGCCCUCUCCCCCGACGGCCGCCUGCUGGUGUCCAUCGACGUGGAGGGCCGCGCGCUGGUCAUCAACCGCCGCCGCCGCGCGCUGCUGCACCACUUCUCGUUCAAGGACCGCGUGCGCUCGGCGGCCUUCUCCCCCGACGGCGCCUUCCUGGCGGUGGCCGUCGGGCGCCUGGUCCAGGUCUGGCGUGCGCCGGAGCUGCGCAAGAGCGUGGCCCCGCUGGCCCUGCACCGCACCUACGGCCAGGCCCACGCCGACGUGACCGUCCUGGCCUGGAGCCCCUGCUCCACCUGGCUGGCGGCGGGGGCGGAGGAUCUGGUGGUCAGACCCCUUUCCCUGAAUCCCAUCCAAGGGUACCGGGUCCCCAGCCUGAUGGGCCACCGCGCCCCGACCGUGGCCGUGCAGUUCUCCAGCGCGGCGCAGCGCGAGGCGGCGGGCCUGCUGGGCCUGCCCACGCCGCACCUCUGGACCCUGGCCCAGGACGGCGCCCUCUACACCUGGACCUACGAGGGCGGCGGCGCGGAGGAGGAUCACGCGGGAGACGGCGGUGGCGCGGAGGGGCCGCACCAGUCGCACGAAUUCUACGGCGGGCACUGGCGCCUGGCCUCCAAGUACUACUUCAACCAGCGCGGCGCGCGGCUGACGGCGGCGGCCUUCCACCCCGAGGUCGGCCUGCUGGCGGCCGGCUUCUCCAACGGCGUGUUUGACCUGCUGCAGCUCCCCGACGCGGUGGUCGUGCACACGCUGUCCAUCGGCUCCCAGGCCAUCAACUCCCUGGCCUGGAAUGCGGCGGGGGACUGGGUGGCGGCCGGCAGCGCGGAGCUGGGCCAGCUGCUGGUCUGGGAGUGGCGCAGCGAGACGCACGCGCUGAAGCAGCAGGGGCACGCGGCCGACGUGGCGGCCGCCGCCUUCUCCCCAGACGGCGGCCUGCUGGCCACCGCGGGGGACGACGCGCGGGUCAAGGUCUGGACCCCGGCCACGGGCUUCUGCUUUGUCACCUUCCGCGACCACGCCGCGCCCGUCACCGCCCUGGCCUGGCUGCCCACCGGGCACGGCCUGCUGUCCGCCUCGCUGGACGGCACCGUCCGCGCCUGGGACCUGGUGCGCUACCGCUGCUUCCGCACGCUCACCACCCCCGACCCCGCCCAGUUCGUCAGCCUGGCCCUGGACCCGGCGGGGGAGGUGGCGUGCGCCGGCACGCGCGACGGCUUCCAGGUCUACGUCUGGAGCCUGAAGACGGGGCGCCUGCUGGACGUGCUGGCAGGGCACGAGGGUCCUGUGGUCGGCCUGGCCUUUGCCCCCGGUGCCCCCCUGCUCGCCUCCGCCUCUUGGGACGGCUCGGUGCGCACCUGGGACGUGUUUGCCGGCCGCGGCGGCGUGGAGCGCCUGCAGCACUCGCACGACGUCCUGGCCCUGGCCUGGCGCCCCGACGCGCGCCAGCUGGCGGCCGCCACGCUGGACGGCGGGGUCACGCUGUGGGACCCGCACGACGCGGUGGUGGAGGGCACCAUCUCGGGCCGGCGCGACGUCGCGGGCGGCCGCCUCGCCUCCGACGCGCGCACCGCGGGCAACACCAGCUCGGGCCGGGCUUUCACCUCGCUGGCCUACUCGCCGGACGGCGCGCUGCUGUUCGCGGGCGGCGCCAGCCGCUACGUCUGCGUGUACGACGUCGCGGAGCGCGUGCUGCUGCGCCGCUUUGCCACCACCGCCAACGCCAGCCUGGACGGCGUGCACGCAGGCCCGCUGGACGCCAUCAACGACGGCUCGGACGACGACGACCUGCUCCCUGACACCCUGGCCCGGCGCGACGACGACCUGCCCGGCGCGCGGCGCGUGGCGGUCGCGCGCGUGCGCGCGGUGGCGCUGAGCCCCUCCGGCCGGUCCUGGGCGGCGGCCACGACGUCGGGCGUGGCGCUCUACUCGCUGGACGCGGCGGGGGCCGCGGCCUUCGACCCCACCGACCUGGCCGAGGGCGUGACGCCCGAGGCCGCGCUGCGCGCGCUGCGGUCCGGCGCCCACCUCCGCGCCCUGCUCCUGGCGCUGCGUCUGGGCGAGGCGGAGCUGACGCGGCACGUGCUGCUGUCCACGCCGCGGGAGCACGUGCCCGGGGUGUCGCGCCUGCUGCCCCCCGCCCUCGCCCCGGGCCUGCUGGCCACGCUGGGCGGGCUGCUGGCAGCCUCGCCACACCUGGAGCUGGGCCUGGCCUGGGUGCGCGAGCUGGCGCGCGCACACGGCGCCGCGCUUUCCUCCGGCGCCGGGCCCGCGCUGCGCGAGGUGCAGCGCCUGCUGUCAGCCACGCACGCCGACCUGGCGGGCCUGGCGGAGCACAACCUGGGCACCCUGGACUACCUCGUGGCCGCAGGGGGGCUGGCUGGCGCGCCGGAGCGGGCCGAGGCGGCCUGA